AUGUUGCGUGAAUAUCUGCUUUUGCCGUUGCUGGCAUCAUAUGGUGCGGCUUAUACCAUCUCAGUCGCGAAGUCUGGAGGCAAUGCCACAACUAACCUUCAGUAUGGUGUUAUGGAGGAGGAAAUCAAUCAUUGUGCUGAGGGAGGUCUAUAUGCAGAGCUGAUUCGCAAUCGAGCCUUCCAAGGCAGUUCCCUCUACCCAUCUAACCUUGAUGCAUGGUUUACGUUGGGUGAGUCAAAAUUGACUCUUCAGAACCUCAGUGCGCCAUUAUCCUCUGCUCUUCCAACUUCAGUCACCGUGGAAGGUAAGGGCAAGAUCGGUCUCACAAAUGAGGGAUUCUGGGGAAUUGAUGUACGACCUCAGAAAUAUUCCGGAUCAUUCUAUGUUAAGGGGUCUUACUCCGGCACUUUUACGGCAUCGCUCGAGUCCAAUACUACUGGAAAAACACUGGCCAGUGUUGAGAUCAAGUCGAAGAGUGUUGCCAAUAAGUGGGUUCAACACGAGUUUACGCUUACGCCAAAUGCAAAGGCUUCCAAUUCGAAUAAUACAUUUUCACUGAAAUUUGAUUCCUCCAAAGCAUCUGGUGGCUCGUUGGACUUCAAUUUGAUCAGCUUGUUUCCACCAACCUGGAAAAAUCGCCCCAACGGCCUACGGACUGAUCUCAUGCAGGCUAUGAGUGAUCUAGGCCCGAAAUUCCUUCGAUUUCCCGGUGGCAACAACCUCGAGGGAGAAACUAUCGAUAGUCGAUGGAAGUGGAAUGAGACCAUUGGACCAUUGACAGAGAGACCUGGACGACCAACCACUUGGGGCUACGAAGAAACUGGAGGAAUGGGUCUCGUGGAGUACAUGGAGUGGUGCGAUGAUCUCGGAAUGGAGCCUAUCCUCGCUGUCUGGAGUGGCUUAGCCCUCAACGAAGAUGUCGUUCCUGAAGCCGACCUUGGUGUUUACGUUGAAGAUGCUCUCAACGAGCUUGAGUUUCUGACUGGUUCUGUCAAUACCAAGUAUGGGGCCCUUCGCGCGAAAUAUGGACACCCCAAGCCAUGGAUUAUCAAUUACGUCGAGGUCGGCAAUGAAGAUAACCUGAACAACGGCUUGGCUUCCUACACGGCCUACCGAUUUGCCGCAUUCAAUGAUGCUAUCUCGAAAAAAUACCCUCAUAUUCAAGUUCUUGCGUCAACAAUCGAUAUGACACUACCGGGUUCUGCAGGUGGUGAUUAUCAUCUUUAUGAUAUCCCGGAUAACUUUGUGAAGUCUUUCGAUAUGUGGGAUAGCUAUAACGAUUCCCACCCCAUCUUGCUGGGUGAAAUUGCUGCUACCGAGUACAACAAUGGAGUUGGUAUUGACUGGAGCGAUUUCACUUUCUCAUUGUAUCCUUGGUGGAUUGGUUCAGUCGCUGAAGCUGUGUUCCUGAUCGGAGCAGAGCGAAACGCUGAUAAAAUCAUUGGAACAACAUAUGCGCCUUAUUUUAUGAAUCUCGACGCUUAUGAAUGGAGCCCGACCAUGAUCUCCUUCGACGCUGAUCCAGAUAACACCGCCCGUUCUACAAGCUGGCAUGUCUAUGAUCUCUUCAAUCACAACCAUAUGACCAAUACGCUCCCGGCAACAUCUGAAGAUGCCUUCGGCCCUCUUUACUAUGUGUCCGGCCUUGAUAAGAAGACCAACUCGCACAUUUGGAAAGGAGCUGUGUACAACAGCACCGCUGAUGUUCCCGUUUCCCUGACAUUCGAGAGUAUCAAGCAAGGAACGACGGCUGACUUGACUGUUCUAACUGCUCCGGAUGCAUACUCAAUGAACGAAGUGGGAGGAUCUAAUAUUGUCAAUACAAAGACCACGACAAUCAAGGCUGGUAAGAGUGGAAUUUUCAACUUCAGUUUGCCCAACUUGAGUGUUGCGGUGCUUACUACCAAUUGA